CGAUUGGUCGAGGCGAUGGCUUGAAAUGCGAAGACUCCCUCUGUAGCACAUUAAACGUUCUGCCCUUUCGCAGAACUCCUGUUCUUUCCCAGGGAGUCCGCCAUUGUUGGUGCACGUAUAUUUCUGACCACAGCAACGGACAUCGGACAACAUCCAAAAUGGUGAAUUUCACGGUAGACGAGAUCCGUUCCAUGAUGGACAAAAAGAAAAACAUUAGGAAUAUGUCCGUCAUUGCUCAUGUAGAUCAUGGAAAAUCAACUCUGACUGACUCCCUUGUAUCAAAGGCUGGUAUUAUCGCUGGAGCUAAAGCUGGUGAGACACGAUUCACGGAUACGCGUAAAGAUGAGCAGGAGCGUUGUAUCACUAUUAAAUCGACUGCUAUAUCUAUGUUCUUCGAACUUGAGCAAAAAGAUUUAGUCUUUAUAACGAAUCCCGACCAACGCGAUAAAGAUGAAAAGGGUUUCUUGAUCAAUUUAAUCGACUCACCUGGUCACGUGGACUUCUCUAGUGAAGUUACAGCUGCUCUUCGUGUUACGGAUGGAGCUCUUGUUGUUGUUGAUUGUGUGUCCGGUGUCUGUGUACAAACGGAAACUGUACUUCGACAAGCUAUCGCCGAACGUAUUAAGCCUGUUUUAUUCAUGAACAAAAUGGACCGUGCCCUAUUAGAAUUACAGCUUGAUAGUGAAGAUUUGUAUCAAACAUUCCAACGUAUUGUUGAAAAUGUAAACGUCAUUAUCGCAACGUACUCUGAUGACGAUGGACCUAUGGGUGAAGUCAGAGUAGAUCCAAGCAAAGGAUCUGUAGGUUUUGGUUCAGGUCUUCAUGGUUGGGCUUUUACUUUAAAACAAUUCUCCGAAAUGUAUGCAGAAAAGUUCAAAAUAGAUGUUGUUAGGCUUAUGAACAGAUUAUGGGGUGAAUCUUUCUUUAAUCCAAAAACCAAGAAGUGGAGUAAACAAAAGGAACCGGAUAAUAAACGGUCAUUCUGUAUGUACGUCUUAGAUCCAAUUUACAAGGUAUUUGAUUGUAUUAUGAAUUUCAAAAAAGAAGAAGCAAAUACACUUUUACAGAAACUAGGUAUUUCUUUAAAACCAGAAGAUAAGGACAAGGAUGGAAAAGCACUUCUUAAGGUUGUUAUGAGAUCGUGGUUACCAGCUGGCGAAGCUUUACUUCAGAUGAUUGCCAUUCAUUUACCUUCUCCGGUAACUGCACAAAAGUAUCGUAUGGAAAUGUUGUACGAAGGACCGCUCGAUGACGAAGCUGCCAUUGGUAUUAAGAAUUGUGAUCCGAACGGACCUCUCAUGAUGUAUGUAUCUAAAAUGGUACCAACAUCUGAUAAGGGACGUUUUUAUGCUUUCGGACGUGUAUUCUCUGGUAAAGUGAGUACUGGUAUGAAAGCCCGUAUAAUGGGACCGAAUUUCCAACCCGGAAAGAAAGAUGAUCUAUACGAGAAAGCUAUUCAACGUACUAUCUUGAUGAUGGGACGUUACGUCGAAGCGAUCGAAGAUGUGCCUUCUGGUAACAUUUGUGGGCUUGUUGGCGUUGAUCAGUUCUUGGUAAAAACUGGUACGAUUACCACAUUUAAAGAUGCGCAUAAUAUGAAGGUGAUGAAAUUCUCGGUUUCUCCUGUCGUACGCGUAGCAGUUGAACCCAAGAAUCCUGCAGAUUUGCCGAAGUUGGUCGAAGGUUUGAAACGUCUUGCGAAAUCGGAUCCUAUGGUGCAAUGUAUCAUCGAAGAAUCUGGAGAGCACAUUAUUGCCGGUGCUGGUGAACUUCAUCUUGAGAUUUGUUUGAAAGAUCUUGAAGAAGAUCAUGCUUGUAUACCUAUUAAAAAGUCUGAUCCCGUCGUAUCGUACAGAGAAACUAUUUCCGAACAAUCUAAUCAAAUGUGUUUGUCGAAAUCUCCUAAUAAGCAUAAUCGUCUCUUCAUGAUGGCUUGUCCAAUGCCUGAUGGUCUUGCUGAAGAUAUCGACAAUGGCGAGGUAAAUCCAAGAGAUGACUUUAAAAUACGUGCACGAUAUUUGAACGAAAAGUACGAUUAUGACGUAACCGAAGCAAGAAAAAUUUGGUGCUUUGGACCAGACGGAACUGGUCCCAAUAUUCUCGUUGAUUGCUCCAAAGGAGUGCAAUAUCUUAAUGAAAUCAAAGACUCUGUCGUAGCUGGAUUCCAAUGGGCAACAAAAGAGGGUGUUCUUUCCGAGGAAAAUUUGCGAGGUGUCCGUUUCAACAUUCACGAUGUAACGUUACACGCUGAUGCUAUUCACAGAGGUGGUGGACAAAUUAUUCCUACCACAAGACGUUGCCUUUAUGCCUGUUUACUCACUGCCUCGCCACGAAUCAUGGAGCCUGUUUAUUUAUGUGAAAUUCAAUGUCCUGAAAUAGCAGUUGGCGGUAUUUAUGGAGUACUCAACCGUAGAAGAGGUCAUGUAUUCGAAGAACAGCAAGUGGCCGGUACUCCAAUGUUUGUAGUUAAAGCGUAUCUUCCUGUAAAUGAAUCGUUCGGCUUUACUGCAGACUUGCGUUCCAAUACCGGUGGUCAAGCCUUCCCCCAGUGUGUAUUCGAUCACUGGCAAAUCUUACCCGGUGAUCCAAUGGAGCCGACCUCUCGACCAUACCAAGUUGUGCAGGACACGCGUAAGAGGAAGGGUUUGAAAGAGGGAUUGCCAGAUUUGAGUCAAUAUCUCGACAAAUUGUAACCGAUAAUUUGCACACCGUAUGCGCUGUAAAAGAGCGAUGUGCGAAGACUAUAAUUCAUUUUGACACAAAAGAACUCCACGAAAUGUUUUUUUUUUUUGUAUCAAAACGAAUUAGAUUCUUCACAUCGCUUUUUUACUGAAAUUAAUGUUAUCUUUUGUUAACUGUCCCCAAAAAUCUCCGGAUCAGCAAUUCUGUUUACCAAUCAUGAAAUCGCAACAAUACUGUAACCUUUCCGAACAUGAACAAUAUAAAAAGAUUAAACAGAAGAUUAAAAAAAAAUA